AGCACCCUAAGCUCCCGAGAAUCAUGCCUCAUUCCAAGCAGCCUAGUCACUUCCAGAGUCUGAUGCUUCUGCAGUGGCCUUUGAGCUACCUUGCCAUCUUUUGGAUCUUGCAGCCAUUGUUCAUCUACCUGCUGUUUACAUCCUUGUGGCCGCUACCAGCGCUUUACUUUGCCUGGUUGUUCCUGGACUGGAAAACCCCAGAGCGAGGUGGCAGGCGUUCGGCCUGGGUAAGGAACUGGUGUGUCUGGACCCACAUCAAGGACUAUUUCCCCAUUACAAUCCUGAAGACAAAGGACCUGUCACCUGAGCACAACUACCUCAUGGGGGUUCACCCCCAUGGCCUCCUGACCUUUGGCGCCUUCUGCAACUUCUGCACUGAGGCCACAGGCUUCUCGAAGACCUUCCCAGGCAUCACUCCUCACUUGGCCACGCUGUCCUGGUUCUUCAAGAUCCCCUUUCUUAGGGAGUACCUUAUGGCCAAAGGUGUGUGCUCUGUGAGCCAGCCAGCCAUCGACUAUCUGCUGAGCCAUGGCACUGGCAACCUCGUUGGCAUUGUAGUGGGAGGUGUGGGUGAGGCCCUGCAGAGUGUGCCCAACACCACCACCCUCAUCCUCCAGAAGCGCAAGGGGUUCGUGCGCACAGCCCUCCAGCAUGGGGCUCAUCUGGUCCCCACCUUCACUUUUGGGGAAACUGAGGUGUAUGAUCAGGUGCUGUUCCAUAAGGAUAGCAGGAUGUACAAGUUCCAGAGCUGCUUCCGCCAUAUCUUUGGUUUCUACUGUUGUGUCUUCUAUGGACAAAGCUUCUGUCAAGGCUCCACUGGGCUCCUGCCAUACUCCAGGCCUAUUGUCACUGUGGUUGGGGAGCCUCUGCCACUGCCCCAAAUUGAAAAGCCAAGCCAGGAGAUGGUGGACAAAUAUCAUGCACUUUAUAUGGAUGCUCUGCACAAACUGUUUGACCAGCAUAAGACCCACUAUGGCUGCUCAGAGACCCAAAAGCUGUUUUUCCUGUGAAUGAAGGUACUGCAUGCCCAGGAGCGCAGGAGU